CAUCCCAACCACAUCCCUAUAUCCUAAGUAUUACCGAAACUUCAGGACUACUGUGUUAUCUGAAAUAUUCCAAACAUUACGAAGCCGGAAAUACUACGCGAUGUGCAGGGGCGGUUCCAGGAAUAGAGCGAUACCGCGAUCAACAAUGAGCGCUUUCGAGGAUUACGAUGUCGUGUCUCGAAAUUAUGAUGCCAAUAGGGGUCCCAUCGGUUUGGAAACGGUGUCAGCAUUCAUCCAGUUCUACACCAACAAACCUUUGCAGGAGCUUCAUGUUUUUGAUGCUGGCUGUGGAACGGGAAACUACACUAAGGCAUUGCUUGAACUCGGUGUUGGUCAAGUAACGAUGGUGGAUGCAUCGCCAGGAAUGAUAAUGAAGGCGAAGGAAAAGCUUAACGAUGAAUUCGAAAAAGGGAGAGUGAAAUUUGUAGAGAAUUUGCUUCCAUCUUUGCCAUUUCCUGACGAUACAUUUGAUGUCGUGAUGUUCAAUAUGGUGCUACACCAUCUUGACAAACACCGUGAGAACAAUACUGAUGAAUAUCCAAACAUUACAACUGCAAUGAAAGAGGCAAGCCGCGUUCUACGAAAAGGGGGAGUUGUUUCCAUAACAACCACACUUCGGGGACAGUUUCAGAAAGGUGUCUGGAACUACCAACUGCAUGAAGAAAUUACUCUUAUAUAUGCACCCAUACUUCAAACGAGUGAUUUUAACAAAAAGGCGUUUGCAGAAGCUGGGAUUGAUAUGAAGCAAAAGCUGAGUUUGCUGGAUGUCCCGUUGGUGACAAACCACGAUUUUUACGAAGGUCCUCUCCAUAAGGAAUGGAGAGAUUCAGAUUCGUACUGGUCAUACGCAACGGAAGCGGAAGUUGAUGAAGUUAAAAAGAGGAUUUGGGCAAUGAAGAAAGCAGGCACAUUAGAAGAGUGGUGUAAAGAACACGACAAAACAAGCACAAAUGGUGCAAUCACGGUCAUCAUAGGAACAGUGCUUUAAUCGGAAUUUUAAAACGGUGUUCAUGUUGAAUGCUUGUUAUCAGAACUUACAGCUAUAAUCAAACUUCAAGACAGAAGUAUAUUUCAAACCAAAAUUUCUUUUUGUAGUAUCUUUUAAAAAUAUACAAAGUCGUGUUUAAAUCAAAAUGAAAUGGUGCGGUUAUUAUAUUCAUUCGUUUAACUUGUGAUGUUAACUGUCUGAUAAACAGAUUACUAUAGUUCUAUAUCAAAUUGCGUUUUAGUGAAUAUUAUUUGCAGGAGAUAUAGAAAGCAAGUAAGCUGUUUAUCUGCGCUUAUGCAAUGAGUGGAUUUAUU